AUGUCACCAGAAGCACCUACCGCACCCAUGAGAAGCACCGCUUGGAAGAUAUUGCAUUGGCUUCGUCGGGGACACGUAAAUAACUUUGUCAAUCCGGCGAGAGAAGUAGUACGGAGCAACCUGGAGCAUGUGCAGCUUGGGAGAGCAUGCACACCACGUCCACCUUCGCCCUCAUCCCAGCCGCCCGCUCAUGAUAAUGACUUUGGAGAUCUAGCCUCCGAUGGUCUGCAUGAGAUAGACCGUGAAGCUCGAACCAGCUAUUCAAGACUCUAUGUCAACUGCAAGCUCAUCAAAGCGGCCCCAGGCCACACUACCAUUCUGCCGACAACUACACAUCCUCCAAUCAUGCCCAACAACCACGACUCAGGCUCACUGAACCACAUGUCCUACAGAGACAUCGCCCAGGCCCUUGAUGAGCCGAUCAUGCUUACAACAGAUAUUAAAGGCAUUCCAUCGCAGUCCACGGCCACCGGCCAACCCCAGCUUAAAGUUCAAAUCAUCAAUCCGCUCGCAUCACUCUUUCCGGAUGCACAAGAGAGCCCACCGGUCCAUCUCGUGCCCAAUUCAGCUGUUCCAAUAUUCUCCAGCAUUGUGUCGUCGACCGUCAAACUUGCUGCGCACAUGGAAAACACUUCGAAUGGUGUUGCGGGCAUGCCGGGUGCCACAGAUGUUUCAAAAGGCGCUAAAAAAAAGGAAGUGACCGCACCGAAACAGACUACUAUUCGUGCAACUGCAAAAAGUCUUUGUCGAACGGAUUGGUGCAAGGACAACCCCAACGGCUCCAACUCACAAUUUGAGACGCACUGGAGGAAGCUCGAACCUUUUGCCAAACAG